AACACUGCCACGGUGGGCCAAGCUGCUGUUGCCGUCCCUCCCCACUUUCUCCCUCUCUUUUGCGCUCCCUCAGUCGUCUCCCACCCACUCUUGAUCUGAUUGAGUCCUCGAUUGGAAUGGGACCAUAAUUCCUAGGCAAUAGCAGACUACCUUAACGUGGUUUUGUUCCGACACAGCUGGUGGAAAGGAAAGUGAUAAGAGAUGUACGGUUUCGUAAACUACGCCCUCGAGCUCUUGGUUGUAAAGACUUUCGACGAGGCGACAUGGGAGGCUAUAAAGAAGGAUGCUGCAGUCAACAUGGAAGGAAAUUUUCUGGUUCGUCAAAUUUACGACGACGAAAUUACUUACAACAUCAUUACGGCUGCUGUCAAUCGACUCAAUAUUCCAGCAAACGAUAUCUUGGAAUUGUUUGGUCGAAUGUUCUUUGAGUUUUGCCAAGAUUCCGGGUACGACAAGAUUUUGCAAGUACUUGGAGCUACUCCUAGAGACUUUCUUCAGAAUUUAGAUGCUCUUCACGACCACUUAGGUACACUAUACCCUGGGAUGCGAGCACCUUCAUUUAGGUGCACGGAGAGGCCAGAGGAUGGGGCGUUAAUUCUUCAUUAUUACUCCGAUCGACCUGGAUUAGAACAUAUUGUCAUCGGAAUCGUAAAGACAGUAGCAAAAAAAUUGCACAACACCGACGUUGAAAUGAAAAUUUUGAAAACCAAAGACGAUGACUGCGACCACGUACAAUUUCUUAUCACUGAGCAGUCCGGUCCAGGGAUUGAUACCAAUCCAAUGACAGCAGAUCUGGAGUGCCUCUCUGUUGGUAAGGCAAAAAUAAUUACAUCCAAAGUGGUUCAUAACAAAAUUAUGUGUUGUCCUUUUUAUGAAGAACCAAAAGUCAGUCCUGCUACGUUUUGCCGAGUAUUUCCAUUUCACUUGAUGUUUGACCGAGACUUGACGAUUGCUCAAACAGGGUGUACCAUUACACGAGUCAUGCCCCAAGUUUGUAGCGGAAACUGCAAGUUAAGCGACAUCUUGCUUCCUGUAAGGCCACAUCUUGACUUAACAUUCGAGAACAUUCUCUCCCACAUCAAUACUGUUUACGUACUUCGAACAAAGAAAGCUGUCAUGCAAGUCAAUGCCUCUGAAGAAUAUUCUUACUUACGUUUGAAGGGACAGAUGCUUUACGUACCUGAAUCGGACCUUGUUAUCUUUUUGUGUUAUCCAAGCGUGAUGAAUCUCGAUGAUUUGACAAGAAGAGGCCUGUAUUUGAAUGACGUGCCACUUCACGACGCGACGCGCGACCUGGUCCUCAUGUCUGAGCAAUUUGAGGCUGACUACAAGCUGACUAGGAAUCUCGAGCUCCUCACUGACAAAUUACAACAGACCUUGCGUGAACUUGACGGGGAGAAGAAGAGGACGGACAGGUUGCUUUAUUCGGUGCUGCCGCAAUCAGUGGCAAACGAGCUGAGACAUUCUCGGCCAGUGCCGGCUAUGAAGUACGAUUGCGUCACGCUCCUGUUCUCCGGUAUUGUGGGCUUUAGCGCCUAUUGUGCCUCAAAUACGGACUCGAAUGGUGCCAUGAAGAUCGUCAACAUGCUUAACGAGCUCUACAUUGCCUUUGACGUUCUCACCGACUACACAAAAAAUCCAAACAUAUACAAGGUUGAGACAGUGGGCGACAAGUACAUGGCCGUGAGCGGACUGCCGGAGGCAUGCGACUGUCACGCUCGCUGCAUAGCCCGGCUCGCCCUUGAUAUGAUGGAUAUCGCCGCCCAAGUGGAGAUCGACGGAGAGCCAGUGAAAAUUACCAUCGGGAUACACAGUGGUGAAGUGGUGACUGGAGUAAUUGGGCAUCGCAUGCCGCGCUACUGCCUCUUCGGUAAUACCGUCAACCUUACCAGCCGUACCGAGACUACUGGCGAGCCCGGAAAAAUCAACGUAUCCGAGGACGCCUACAAGUACCUGUGCAUGCCGGAAAAUCAGGACCCGCAGUUUCUGCUGGAGUACAGAGGGCCGGUAACCAUGAAAGGCAAAUCUGAGCCGAUGAAUGUCUGGUUCCUUUCCCGAGAGAUGGAGCUAUCCUCGUAAUAAGCUGUUAUUUCUAUAAUAUACCUGCCACCUGUUUGAAAUACCAUUUACGUAAUUAUAGUUGCUCCAUCGUUUUAUUCGCCGUUCCAAAAAGUUGCACUUUAUCGCAUCAAUAAGCAGCUAUAUUUUGCACACUGUAUAGCUUCCAAGCUAUACUUGAUUUUUCUAAGACAUUUUUUUUUCAGUUAAGGAAUUACAAUGAGAUAAGUAAGAGGUCGAAAAUAAAGAUUCACUUUAGUUACGUUUGUCGCGAGUGGAAAUAUUGCUGUUACAUUUGAUGUAGCUUUAAAUAUUCGUUUACAACUUCUGUUUUUAUGUAUUCGACUGUUAAAAAACAUUUACGUAGUAGGAGAUCAUCAAUGAUAAUUUGUCAGGAUUGUUAUAUUUUAGAAUAAUAAUCAUUAGCCUCUGGCUAUUCAAUUGACCAGUGAAUAUUUGUUACUUUUUUUUGCAACUGUAGGAUCAUUGGAAAUUGGUACAAUAAUUUUUCUUUACAUUAAUUGAUGGAAAUAAUAUUAAAAGAUUAUCAUGAUGUUUAUCAUUCGUUAGGAAAAUUUAUCAAUUUUUCAUUUAGGGUUUGAACGAAAGUCAUGUUAAAAAGCACAUUAUUUUUAUUAUAAAACUAUUGAUUAGGAAAGAAAUUAUAUUUUUAUUUACACGCACAUUACGUU